AUGUCUGAAAUGCUCAUUUUACAGGUUGGAAGGCAAAGAAAACGACGCAAUCGCUACAUUUACAUAGGAUUAUUUGUCGCUACAGUGUUUGUUUUAGCCAUUGGUUUAGGGCUUGGUCUUGGACUCAGACACAAAGAUGAUGACGGCAAUACAAACAGUGCAGCAAAAAGUCAGGAAAUACAGCAGAUUGGAGGGUUUACAGGAAACACUGCACCUGUUUCUGUGGCAACCAGUAUACCACCCCAUUCAUCUUCCCUAACAACAACUGUCCCUGUGACAACUGAUGUCAACAAGGAAACAACAGUUGCCUCCACCAUUCCAGGCCUCACCACCCAGGACACGGGAACUCGUACCUGGAUAGAACAGCCAUGUGAGAUGAACAAGAAAUCUUGUCCAUGGCAAAACAGACAAACUCCUCCCCUACUGCUGGUGUCACUGGAUGGAUUUAGAGCGGAGUAUCUCCAUCGGAAUAUGACACCUACCAUUCAAAGGUUGAGAGAUUGCGGGGUACACACACCUUACAUGAGGGCCACUUACCCAACUUUGACCUUUCCCAAUCACUACACCAUUGUUACUGGCCUGUACCCAGAGUCUCAUGGAAUUGUAGACAACAACAUGUAUGACCCUGUGUUAAACGAAUCGUUCAGCCUGAGAGGAAGUGUCAAGUACAACCCUCAGUGGUGGGCUGGAGAACCAAUCUGGACCACAGCGAAGAAGCAGGGCAAAAAAACUGCAUCAAUGUUCUGGGUUGGAUCUGAUGUCAACAUCUCGGGGAUACAGCCAGAUAUAUGGAGAAUGUAUGAUGGGUCAGUAACCUUUGAAGAAAGAGUUAACACUGUCCUUGAAUGGUUGAGUAUGACAGAAGAACAGCGACCAGACCUUAUCACUCUGUACUUUGAUGAGCCUGAUCACACUGGGCAUGGAAGUGGACCAGUCAGUUCACAGGUAGACUCGAUGCUUACAAGGGUGGACCGAUCAAUAUCAAAGUUGAUGGAAGGAUUGUACAGCCGGGACAUUCAUAAUUGUGUAAACCUCGUCAUUCUAGCUGAUCAUGGAAUGGAGGCGACUUCUUGUGACAGAAAGGUUGAGCUAAGUUCGUACAUUAAAACUAACGAGGUCCUGGUAUAUGAUGGAACUAUUGGCAGAAUUCAUAAGAACUUUCAUCAAAAACAAGUUGGCAAAGAGAAUGUUGUGGUCAGAAAUGAUGAAGUGAUGAGCCAAGCAGCUCUAUUGAAGAGACUGGAAUGUAAGAGUGGCCAUUAUCAUGCUUUCUCACGACAAGACAUUCCUGUGCGUCACCACUACUCCAACAAUCAACGCAUAGGAGAUGUUGUCCUGGACGUCCAGGCCAAGUGGACAGUGUCUAGGAAGAGAAGUUCCUUCUGUUUGCAAGGUAACCAUGGUUACGACAAUCUUUACAAAAGUAUGCAGGCUUUGUUUCUGGCCCAUGGACCAGGGUUUAAGGUUAAUUAUACCACAAAACCGUUUGAAAACAUAGAACUCUACAACAUGAUGUCAUACCUCCUAGACAUCAGACCAAGUCCAAAUAAUGGUACCACUGGGUCACUGGAUGAUAUGUUGAGGACACCUCCAACCAGACUGUCAACAAAACCCACUUUGGUUAAAAGUUGUAGUGCUACAAUCUCUUCAAGGCCUGCCAUGACAAUCUGUGGCUGUAAACAGGUGAGAAAUUUGUCAACCGGUAUCUCAACUCCUUUGAAGAGCUUUUCUUCUGUCUUUGGAGCUCCAGUCACUACCCAUAUUGAGUUAGACAUAUGUGAGCUGAAACAGGAACAUUUUACCACUGGAUACAGCAAGCUUUUUCAUACACCUGCAUGGUCAACCUACACUCUCACCAGUAAACAGAAUGUCAGUUUGACAGAUACUACAUGUGUAUGGAUAGACAGCAGAGUACCUAAUUCAUCAUGUGAUAUUUACCACGACAACAUUACACAGGCCUUUCUGUACAAUCCCGAUUUUGACUUAACAGAGAAAGAAAGUCGCCUACGCACGAAUGCUGUGCCUAUGUACACAGGAUUCUAUACAGGUAUAUGGAGAUAUAUGUGGACCUUGAUCAGUGAUUACAACAAAUAUUCUGGGGAAAUCCUGGUGACCACUGGCCCUGUGUAUGACUAUAAUUCAGACAGAUUAUGGGAGGGGAUCACCAACAACACAAGAUUUGCAGAUGUCAAAGAAACUGUUGCCAUGCCAACCCAUUAUUAUAUGAUUCUUGUACGAUGUUCAGAACCUUUGAUAAAUGUGUCUUCAUGUGAUGUUGACCAACUGGACACGAUGACUUUUGUCCUUCCGCACCUGAACAAGGAGCCUAACUGUCUUCCAGAUGAAGAAUACCUGGCCCAGCAUGUUGCUAGAAUACGAGAUGUGGAACUGCUGACAGGACUGGAGUUCUUCUCCAAGUUAGGUGUUGCAAGGUCUGUUAGACUGAGGACACACCUGGCUACACAGGUUUGGGCAGUCAAGGAUUUAGCACUGCACUGGUCAGACCUGGAAUGUAGUGAUCAGGGCACUGGUCAGUGUACAGGAAAGGUACCACUACUGCUGAUCUCAUUGGAUGGAUUCCGUGCCGACUACAUCCAGAGAAACAUUACACCUGUCAUCCAUAAGAUGCGACAAUGUGGUGUACACACUCCGUAUAUGAGGGCAACAUUCCCAACCGUGACCUUCCCCAACCACUACACCAUUGUCACAGGACUAUACCCAGAAUCACAUGGAAUCAUCUCCAACAAGAUGUAUGAUGAACACAUUGGAAGGUACUUCACUCUGGGCAGUUACACCAAGAGUGACCCACGCUGGUGGGGAGGAGAACCUAUAUGGAUAACGGCACAGAAACAAAACAAGACAACAGCUACUUACUUUUGGCCGGGAUCAGAUGUCAACAUUUCUGGGAUAUAUCCUGACUACUGGAAACCUUACAAAUCGUCAGCAGGCUAUCCUGAACGUGUAUCUGAAGUUCUAAAUUGGCUGACUUUGCCCGAGGAACAAAAACCAGACAUGGUCACUCUUUACUUUGACCAGCCAGACCACGCUGGUCAUCAACAAGGUCCAGAGGGUGAUCUGGUGAAUGAACGCUUGCGGACCAUGGAUAUGAUGGUGGGGAGACUAAUGGACGGCCUGUACCAGCGUCGCCUUCAUGGCUGUGUUAACAUCAUCAUUAUUGCUGAUCAUGGGUUUGAUGACACAGCAUGUACCCAGAUUGUAGACCUCUCCAAACACAUCAACACCAAACAGGUGCUUAUAUCAAGUGGAACUUUUGGACGCAUCGAGACUAAAUACAGCGGCCCUAGAAAGAACAUUACAAAAAAUGAAAACCCUGUUAAUGUUAGCACCCUGGUAGAAAAACUGAUGUGCAACACGUCUGUGAUGAAGGUCUUCACUAAAGAUACAGCACCAAAGCGAUUCCACUAUCUCAACAAUCCACGGGUCGGGGACAUCCUGCUUGACAUGGCUGACCGAUGGCUUGUAUCCAAAUAUAACUCUUACUAUGGCUGUAGUGGAGGUAAUCAUGGCUGGGAUAACAUCUUCAAAUCCAUGCAUGCUCUAUUUCUUGCCCAUGGCCCUGCUUUCCAACAGAACAUGACAAUUGGUCCAUUUGAAAAUAUAGAACUGUACAAUCUAAUGUCAGAGUUGUUGGACAUAACCCCUGCCCCCAACAAUGGAACCCAAGGAAGUCUGGACCAUAUAUUGGUGAAGCAAAGGAUUGAAAAUCAGACAUCUCCACAGCAAGCUCCACUGUGUCAGUCUGGUCAGGUCUCAAGCACCACUCUCUGUGCACAAAACCAGUCAUCUGCUGAUUCAGAUCUACCUUUGAUUGAUCAGAAGAACAAAAGUGUGUGUCAAAUGAACUAUCCCAACCAGACAACAGUUUACAACACCAUUCUGAAAUCACCUGUAUACACAACAUUUACACUUACUGAAGAGAUGGUAAAAGGCACCAAUGGUAGGAAUCUGUGUAUCCAGGAGGUACUGGAGAAUGUGUGGAAUUACCAGCCACACUAUCCACAUUUCUACACAGAGAUUUGGAAUUUCACUAGCAGCCUGAUCAAGCAGUAUGUUGUACAGUACGGUGACCUCUCAGUGACCUUGGGCCCAGUUUAUGACCAUAAUGGUGAUGGACUGGCUGAUACCAAUCUAACCAGUCUAGAGGCAGAAACCCCAUCCCACAUAUUUGUGGUGAUGAUGAGAUGUGCUACACGUGGACAGGUAUACCCCUGUAAUGGUGAUGUGGAUUCUAUUCUCGUCCAGGCCUUACUUCUUCCCUACCUAAACUACACUCCCAACUGUUUGUAUCCAUCAGACUACCUAAAGGACAACAUCGCUCGGGUCCGAGAUGUUGAGCUGCUGACUGGGCUACGUUUCUUUGCCGAGGAUAUCUUUACUGUAUCAAAGGCUGCCCGACUGAGGACGCAUUUGUCUGAGAAGUUAUGGCCAUCUAACAGUUUGAGGACAUGGAUUGAGUCUUCAUGUCCAACAGCUGAGGACACAUGUACAUCUGGCUACCAGCCCUUGCUCCUGAUAUCUCUGGACGGCUUCAGAGCGGACUAUCUGUUACGUAAUUUCACACCCUACGUGGGCCGCCUAAGUCAAUGUGGGACUCGUUCACCUUACAUGAGAUCUGUGUACCCAACAAAGACUUUCCCAAACCACUACUCCAUUGUGACGGGUUUGUACCCAGAAUCUCACGGGAUUGUGGACAACAGCAUGUUUGAUAGUGGUAUAGACAGUCUAUUCAAGAUUGGUCAGGGAAGUUCAUUUGAUCCACGAUGGUGGCAGGGAGAACCGAUUUGGAGAACAGUUAUGAAUAACAACAAAUCAGCUGCCACUUUCUUUUGGCCUGGGUCUGAUGUGAAAGUUAACGGAACAUUCCCUACCUAUCACAAAAAAUAUGACUCGAAAGUUGGUUUCAAUACACAAGUAGAACAAGUACUUGAUUGGUUGACCAAUGAAAAGCCUGAUUUUAUUACUCUCUACCUUAACGAGCCAGAUAAAUCAGGACAUACCUAUGGACCUGACAACAUUGUAAAGAUUGGUCUGGCGUUGGAAAGAGUAGAUGCAGCCAUCGGUCAGCUGAUGGAGGGACUCUUUCACCGUGACCUCCACAACUGUGUGAACAUCCUCCUUAUUGCCGACCACGGAAUGUCCAGUAUUUCCUGUGAUCGGUUAGUACUAAUGAAGGACUACCUGUCUAGUACAACUCUAUCCAAGAUGCACCUUUUUGAGGGUGCAUUUGGGAGGAUCAACAACCUUUACUCUCAGAAAUCUUCCAGGUCAAAGAUGAGACUUGUCCCUGACCAAGUACCUGUGUCAGACAUCAUUUCUAAUCUUACCUGUCAUUCACACUUCAAAGUCUUCUCGAAGACCUCAAUUCCAAAGCGCCAUCACUAUGCCAACAACCCUAGAAUUGAUGACAUCAUCAUUGAUGUGGAAAAUGAAUGGCUUGUCACAGAGAAUGUACCAAAGUCAUCUACCGAAGCCAAGUGUACUGGUGGAAAUCAUGGAUAUGAUAACACAUACAAAAGUAUGCAGGCUUUGUUUCUGGCCCAUGGUCCAGCAUUUCAUCAGAAUUUGACAGUAAAUCCAUUUGAAAACAUCGAACUGUACAAUCUGAUGGCAGAUGUUCUGGGUGUAAGACCAGCCCCUAACAAUGGAACAAAGGGCUCACUCAACCAUGUGUUGAAAAAUCCAGUGCCAAUCAGUAGGGCAACACCAAUACAGAAUUACACCACCUGGCGUAUGGGGAAUGUAACAGAGAAAUUCAUACAGGAUUCCCUGAAGUACAGGAGUCAGUGUCUGGACAAAUGUAACAUCAAUACCAACGCAACCCAGACCAAGGUUAAUACAGAAGACUACCAUAUCGUGUUUGGCUGUCCUUCUCUCCUUAUUUCACACACUCAGACCAGUGUCUAUAUAAAGAGUUACCCAAGUCAUGUGACGGCAUACAGCACAGCACUAUUGGCUCCACUGUGGGUCUCCUACACACAGACCUCUGUCCCUUCCCCUAGUACUAACUACCCGACCUGUAUCCUGAGGGGUUGGGAUCUGCCACAAUGUGAGGCUACAUCCUUCACACAAGACUCCAGGCAGUAUACAUGGACUCCGCUGUACAAAACAGCAAUGGCUUAUUCCUGGGAGAGCUUAAUUUCACUAAAUUUUGUACCUAUGCUGGAGAACUUCAGACAAGGUAUUUGGAGAAGUGUCCAGAACCUUACAGAUACAUACAUAAAAGACUACGGAGAAGUCAAUGUGAUGACUGGUCCUAUCUUUGAUUACAACACUGAUGGACACAAGGAUGACCCGGCCACUGUCCUUAGGAGAAACACCACUGUCAGCAUUCCAACCCACUUCUUCUACAUCAUCAGUCGCUGUAGUAUCCAAAACCUGACUGCCUGUCCAUCUGAUCAACUGAAAACGCUGUCAUUCAUCCUCCCUCAUACAGAGAGUAUCACAAACUGCCAGACAACUGAGGAUUACUUGGAAGAUAAUGUAGCACGGAUAAAAGACAUUGAGCUUCUGACAGAUUUGGAAUUCUAUACCAAGUUGUCUCCCCUUAAUUCUGUAUCACUACAGACCUUUUUACCACAGGGACUUUGGCGCAGAUAUGGCUGA